CCUCCCGUUGACGUAAACGUAAUCAAGGUGCACGUAUGUCACUGAUCAACAUUCAUGCGCAUGUUGAAGGGUCAUCCUGCAGGGAAAGAUAUUGCCAUAUACUUCAAGCAAAGUCUGUCCCCACCACCCCACCUUUCCCUACCACCAAAAAUAUUUCAGAUCGUCUCAUGGAUGCCAGCUUGCAUGGAUAGAAAAGCUUACUUCCUUUGCCUCAUAAAAGGGUUUUGAGCUCAACUGGUGUCCAGAGCUUUCGCUCAGCGAGUUUGAUUCCUGAGUCGGGUGAAUGCUGUAACUCAGAAGGUCUUUCCGUGUCUACUAAAGCUGGUCACAACUGCAGCUACAGAACUGAGAACAAUAUGUAAUGUGGUUGAUCAAGCUCAUUUCCUUUCUCUCUCUCUCUAUCUAUCUCUCUCUAUAUAUAGAGAGAUAGAUAUAGAUAGAUACAGUAUAUGUAUACAGUACAUAUAUUGCCCAUCUCAAUAUGUGCCCUCCACUGACUAGCGACAAGCUUCGAGUGCAGUCCGAAUUUGCUUGAAGUCAGCUGAGAUGAACUCCAGCACCCGUGACCCUGAGCAGCAGAAGUGUUUUUGAAAAUGGAUGUAUGGAUGUUGUCAUGGAAGAUAAACAACUGAAUUAUUUUCCCCACCAAGCAGUGCGGCUACUGGUUUCACAGAGUUAUUAGCCAUUCAGCGUUUUGACCAGGGGGUGGCGGCGGGAUGGUGGUUAGGUGUAGCUCAUGGGGGCUGGAGGGUGGGAGGUGGGCGGAAUGAUGAUGAUUAUUGAAGGCCUUGUAUGUAAGACACAGAGUACAUGUACUUUACCACACACAAAUGCACACUCUCUGUCCUUGUGACUAAAUGACAUUUCAUUUAUAAAAUGUAAUGAUUUGUUUUCAAGAAAAAAAGAUGGGAAAAAAAAUAAAAAGGUAAUUUUAUAAAAGGGCACUACAUUAUUGGGUUAAAUAUCAAUCCGGGAGCCUUUGGUUAUUAUAAGUUGAUGUACUGCAGAAAUAACUUUUUUUCCUCCAAAAAAAUUUCCAAAUGUGUGUGUAACGUCACUGACCGUCCCUCUGAGAGGUGAACAAACUCACCCAUGUGUUACCUACGCAUCAUGUCUUGGAGAAUGCUAUAACUGGGCACCUUCUCUAUCUCAGUUUGUUUUGCAGUAUGGAAAAACCGGCACAUGCGCACCGUGACCAACUAUUUCAUCGUAAACCUUUCAUUCGCUGAUGUCUUGGUGACCAUCAUCUGCCUGCCUGCAAGUUUAGUAGUCGACAUCACGGAGACAUGGUUCUUUGGACAGACGCUUUGCAAAGUUGUGCCCUAUUUGCAGACAAUCUCCGUCUCUGUGUCAGUCCUGACACUGAGCUGCAUUGCGCAAGACCGCUGGUACGCCAUCUGCCACCCGCUGAUGUUCAAAAGCACUGCCAAGAGGGCUUGCAAGAGCAUUAUUAUCAUCUGGGUGGUGUCGUGCAUCAUCAUGAUCCCCCAAGCCAUCGUGAUGGAGAGCAGCAGUCUGCUGCCGUCCCUCACAAACAAGACCAGUUUGUUCACCGUGUGUGAUGAACACUGGGAAGGUGCGUGAUGGAUCCAUCCAUCUAUCUUUGCUACUGCUUUUCCUUACAAGGGUCAUAGUUGACAUUAGAACCUAUCGAGGCUGUCUCAGGCCAAAGCUGUCUUGGAUGAGGACACCCCGACUUGACAUCGGGGUAACAGAAAGAGAAUCGCUGGGG